AUAAUUGUCAUAUGUUUAAAUGUAAUUUUCACUUAUCCGAAAAUAAAUGAUAAGAUCCGAAGAAAAGCUUAAAUUGGAAAAGAUUUUUGAAGAUAUAAGCGAAAAUGGUCUUCUAAGUGGAACCAAAGCUAAAGAGAUGAUGAUACAAACUGGUAUUCCUGUUAAUAUUUUGGCUAAAAUAUGGGAUAUGAGUGAUUUAGACAAAGAUGGUGCUUUAGAUCAGAAUGAAUUUAUUAUUUCUAUGUAUUUGAUAAACAAGGCAAAAUCCAAUAAUAUGCCUAAUGAGCUUCCAAUAGAAUUUUAUAAGUCUCUAGGUUAUCCAACCAAUAUACCUUUAUUAACAACCAAAAAUGUAACAUCACCUUCAUCAGUUCUUUUAACUGACCCAAAGGAUUCUCCAGAAAAGUUAUUUAAAUCUUUAGAUAUGGACAGAGAUGGCUUUAUUAAUGGAGUAGAUUGUAAAAAUAUUUUCUUAGCUACACAAUUAUCUCAACCUUUGUUAGCACACAUUUGGAACAUAUGUGAUAUUGAGAAAACAGGCAUGCUGGAUCAAGACCAUUUUAAAUUGGCCUGGUAUUUAAUCAAUCAAAAGAUCAACAAUUCUAUAGAUCCCCCAUCACAAUUUUAUCCAGAAUUGAUUGAAUUAAGUAGAAAAUAUAAUCCCAAUACCCAAAUUCUUUUGAUGGAAGCUGAUUGCCAAGAACUAUCGAGAGGCAAUGAAAUUACUACUUUAAUCAAAGAGUUAGAAGAAAUCAAUGAGGAAAAAAUUAAGAUCGAAUCAAAGAUAACUGCAAGGGAAAACGAAUUAAGAUCCAGAAACGACAUUUAUUUGGAAAUGAAGAAGGAAGUUGAAAUCUUAAAUGAGUCCGUUAAAAUAUUGGAAAAUGAUAAAGAAAAAGGUAUUCACAGAUUGGACGAAUUAAAUAUCAAAGAAAAAAAUUUUAUCGACAGAAUACGUGACACACAGAACCAAGUAGAAAAGUUGGAGAACGAGAUAAAGGACAUAAAUAAGGUUAUAUUUCAAAAGAAAGUCAACCUGCCUGUAGACCAAUCUCUCAAGGGCGAUCAGAGAUCUAUGGAAAGUUAUUACAUAGAUCAAUUAUUGCAUGAGGAGGCACAUCUGAUGAAGCAGAUUGAGAUUUGCGAGGAAAAACUAAUAAAUCUUAAAACAAAACCGUUUCCAUCUGUUGGUGACAAUGGCAUUAAAAAUGAAACUAAUUAUGAUCCAUUUUUAGACUCCUUUGCCAACGCCACGAUUACAAACGCUCCACAAACUGAUGGUUUCGUAGAUGAUCCAUUUUUUUCUUCGCCAACCAAUUUGUUUUCAAAUAAUCAUCGAUCUUCCAAUAACAUUCCUCCGUCAUUAAAAUCAACUCACGAUAAAGGUUUUGAGGAUGAUCCAUUCGCUCCAAUAUUUCAAGAUAAAUUCCAUACGGAGCAGCCUACUUUCGCAAAUUACAAUGCUUUUUGAAGCCAUAAUUAAUUCGUUAGUUUAAAUUUUUGAUUAGUAUCAUUAUUUAUAUUUUAUUAACUAACUACUUUUACUACCUUAUAUCUUAAAAUCGAGUUUUGUAUCUAUCAUUAUAUAAUACAAUACGGUGUAUUAUUAUAUUUACAAAAUAAUUGU